AUGUUGCUUACUAGUGUCCUGAAGAUCAGGCAAACUAGCAGAUUGGCGCUCAUCUUUGUUUGCUGCUUGAUCGUACUCAUUUUUGUUUUUCAUGAGUAUACUUAUCACUUCAUUGCCCUCCACAUCCCCCUUCCCAAACAGGCUCAAACAGGCUCAUGGAGCCCAAGAAUUCCAGUUUCACUUGUUCCUGCAGCAGCAGCAGUGCUCCCUCGAACCGGUGGUGUCCUCUUGUGGGCUGCUGAUCGAGGUGAUGUUUUCGGAUCUGAACCAGGUAAUCCCGGCCGCACUCUCACGGCCUUUUACAAACUUGCAACAAAUAAGGUCUCGAUUUAUAACAUGACUGUAACAGACCAUAACAUGUUCUGCCCUGGAAUUUCUCUAAAUUCAGUUGGCACUCUUGUUGUGACUGGAGGAAGCUCUUCUGAACAUACUAGUUUCUACAGUUCUGUGCAUGGUGGUAGCUGGGUUGAAGGGCCGCAAAUGGUCAUUGGCAGGGGCUAUCACGGCCAAGCGACUCUUUCGGAUGGACAAAUAUUUACCAUCGGUGGAUCUUGGAGUGGCGGAGAGGGAAAUAGGAACGGGGAGGUACUUGAUGUUGCUGGCACAACAUGGUCCUCUCUCCCCGGUUGCGUCGUCGAACCCAUGUACACCAACGAUGCAAAGGGUGUAUUUGCAGCUGACAAUCAUCCCUGGCUUUUUGCUUGGAAAAAUGCUUCCGUCUUUCAAGCCGGACCAUCCACGGCUAUGAACUGGUAUGGAACGCUAGGUCAGGGGGCCCAUCACAGUGCAGGACGCCGCGGAAGCGACACAGACUCCAUGAACGGCAAUGCUAUUAUGUAUGAUGCACUGCAUGGGAAGAUUCUAACUCUUGGAGGAGCUACUAGUUACACCGAUGCUCCUGCUAGUAGAGCAGCGCACAUAAUAACACUGAAAGAGCCGUUUGGGCAGCCAGUUGUCGAAAAGAUAGAGCCGAUGCAUUACGCUCGCUCUUUUGCUAAUAGUGCAAUUCUACCAUCUGGCGAGGUAUUCAUUAAUGGUGGCGUGACGUGGGCAAAGCAGUGGACAGACACAAAUGUGACAAGCAUUCCAGAACUAUGGAACCCCCAAACCAAGAGAUUUACGAAACUAGCAGCCACACCCAUUCCGAGAUCAUAUCAUAGUUUUGCCAUUCUCUUGCCGGAUGCCACCGUUCUAGUCGGUGGAGGUGGACUAUGUUGGGAAAAAUGCGAAGACCCGUCUGUCAACCAUUUCGAUGUUCAGAUAUUCUAUCCGCCAUAUCUAUAUAACUCUUGGGGCAUGCUUGCCAUACGGCCACAGAUUCUCGAGAUCUCGAAUACUGUGGUAAAUCCCGAGUCUACCUUGACGGUAUAUACCGAUGGCCCAAUUGAGGAAUUUGCACUUCUACGAUACGGAUCGGCGACACAUUCGAUCAACACAGACCAACGGCGAGUGCUGCUUUCUAUAUCGGAAGAUUUAGCAAACUUUGAUGGCGUGAAGUGGAAAUACCAUGUGACUCUACCAGAUAGUCCUGGGAUAUUGAUCCCCGGAUUUUGGAUGUUGUUUGCCCUUGAUCGAGAGCAAGUCCCUUCAAUCUCUGUGGAGAUUUUGAUCGAGAUUAAUGUGUAA